AUGGGCCACAUCCAUACGAUAACAAGACUCAUUGAAGUAUUGCGAGAGUACAAAAGACCGCUCUGUCAUACCUUCAACGAUUCGAAGAAGGCCUUCGACUCAGUUGACAUUGAAGCAGUCAUGGAAGUCCUUGAUAUCCAAGGAGUCCCUACGCAGUACACAAAGAUUCUUCGUUGGUUGUACAGAAAUUUCAUAACCAAGAUAUCACCAUUCUACGACGAUAUUAACAUCUACGUCAAAAGAGGAGUUGGGCGAGGCGAUACCAUCUCGCCAAAUUAUUCACCGCCAUCCUUCGAGAACGUCAAGCGAUCAUUGGAAUGGGAUAAUAUGGGAGUGAAAAACGACGGUCAGCAAUUACAGCAUCUUCGCUUUCCUGAUAACAUCGUCGUUAUAAUACCAAAUAUUAGCCAAGCGGAACGUAUGCUUGACGACUUUGAUAAAGCCUGUGGAAAGAUUGGUCUUCGACCAGACAAUAAGCAGAUUGAGAGAUCGUUGCCGAUAUCGUGGUGGUCACGGUUGUUGAACAAUAAUACAGUUUUGCUCGAUUUCCACUGA